AUGUUUACUGGGUUAGUUGAACAAGUUGGUACGGUCCUUGAAUACAAGGACCAAGAUACCUCGGCAGCUGGAGGUAAUGGUGUUUCCAUGACUAUUGGAGAUUGCGCAUCGAUCUUGACUGAUGUUCAUUUAGGAGAUUCGAUUUGCACCAACGGGGUUUGCUUGACGGUGACUGAAUUCAAUAAGGAACAGACGCAAUUCAAGGUCGGAAUUGCUCCUGAAACUUUGAGAAGAUCCAACCUUGGAGACUUGAAGGUGGACAGCAAAGUGAAUUUGGAACGAGCCGUUACUAGUGAUGUCCGGAUGGGUGGACAUGUUGUACAGGGACAUGUAGAUACGGUGGCCGAAAUCACCAAGAGAGUGCCUGAUGGCAAUGCGAUCACAUUCACGUUCAGAUUGAGAGAUAAGGAGUAUAUGAGCUACAUUGUGGAGAAGGGGUUCAUUGCCAUCGAUGGAACGUCGUUGACGGUGACCGAUGUCAACUACGAUACGAGUGAAUUUUCCAUCAUGAUGGUCAGUUACACCCAGGCGAAGGUUAUCAUGCCCAUGAAGCACGAAGGGGCCACUGUUAAUAUUGAGGUGGAUUUGACUGGAAAGUUGAUUGAAAAGCAGAUCGAGAUCAACUUGGCCAACCAGAUCGAGAACGAAAAUAGUGCUUUGAGCAAGUUAAUUUCGUCUAUCAUUGAUAGAAAGCUUUCCCAGCUUAGUAAGUAG